ACUUGGAGCACUAGGCUGCACCGUAUAUUCCCCACGGCAAACACCGCCAGCGUGGCUUCAUGCUACAACUAUCGCGGCGUCAAUAACAGACCGACGACCACCGAGCUUCUUUUGUUGUCAAGACUUUGCCUAUUGAUACCCUCCCAUCUGCGCCAUAAUUUUCUCUUCUACCUCGACACUGGAUGCCUUUAUAGAGGACACUUGGAAUUGUAUCCGACACUAUUACUUACUGUAGAGUAUCUAUACAACGAAACGUUAAAGCUUCGAAGCUUUCGAUAUUUCCUAAAUCUUUGCUAAAAUAAGCCUUCAAGAGGCAGAGUAGCUGCGCGGUUGGGUUCAUACAAAAAGAGGACCGAAAAUGCACAGCACACUCGUGCGGGCCCAGAAUGUAUUCGGCUUCUUCACCACCGUGGCAUUCAUCGUUGGCGCGCUGGUCGCGGUGACGGGAUAUUUCAGCCUGCCGUCUGAUGGAAACAGCCUGGACGUCAGCGUGGAUUUGAAGAAUGUGCAAGUUGCACGAGGACGGCCGCAUUACUAUAGUUCGAAGAGAGAAGAAUACGCGCAGAUCCGAUUCGAUCUUGAUGCUGAUCUCUCACCGCUAUUCACAUGGAACACCAAACAAGUCUUUCUAUACAUAAUGGCAUCCUACCCUCCCAGCGUAUCAUCUGCCAGUCGCGACUCCAAGAAAAAAGGUUCAUCACCCAGCCCCAACCCGGGCCCGUCCAACGCCAUCAUCUACGACAAAAUCAUCACAUCCCGCGACGAAGCCCAUCUCGAGCUCAGGAACCAGCGCUCCAAGUACCAAAUCACAGACAUAUCUGGCCGCAUUGCGAACCGCCAUAAUGCGACGCUCGAGGUCGCGUGGAAUGUGCAGCCCUGGGUGGGCGCGCUGACGUGGGGAACAAGUUCAGAGGGGCGGAGCAAGGCGUUUGCGUUUCCGGCGCUGAAGAGUACCGGCGCUGGCGGUGGCGGCGCAGCGACGGCAACGAAGAAGAAGAAUGUGGCUGGUGAGCAGACGAUGGGGUCUGCGGCGCCAGCAGCUUAAGCGGUUGUACAUGGUGCUCUGUUGUCUAAAACAAAAGAACAAAAUAGAACAAAAUAGGACAGAAAAGUAAAAGUGCAUAUCCCGAGGAUUUAGCUAAUGUGCGGUUUGUUUAAUGGAAUGUGAAUAACGCUGGAAUAAUGCGGGGUUAUACUUUUUAUCGGGAUAGUGACUAUCUCCCUGAGCCUAAGUGGACUUCUGCUGUUACGAAAUGGUUUCAAAUGGGUAAAGACAAUAGAUUAAAUGUCAAGUAUAAGUCAGAGUCUGGCUCCGUUCGACAGAAGAUGAUGCUCUUAGGCGAGGAUGUGAAGACAUGAGAUACAACACC